AUGUCGCGCUUCAUCUCUGCUGACGAAGCUGAUUAUGCCUCACUUCAGGAGCAGCUGUUGCGACGCUCCACGGACCAAGAGUCCGACGAUGCGCAUGCGGAUCCUGCGGCAGUGCAGGAUACCUCGGCUGUCGCUGCCGAGUCUGCUACACCGUCGAAAGCACCUUCGCUGCAUAGACGUAACUCGGACAACAGUCAGGUUGCGCCUCCGACCUCCAACGCUACACCGACCAAGAAGAGCGGUCUCCCCGAUGAGGCGACGGCCGCUGCUGUGCUGCAUGGCCGCAGCCAGUCGCGCGCCCCUGGUGGUCUGAGUGGCGCGCCGCUGGGCGAACCGGCCGUUCGUAAGCUGGGCACUUGGGACGGUGUAUUCAUGCCUGUCACACUCAAUGUGCUCGGUAUCAUCUUGUUUUUGCGUUUUGGCUUUAUUCUCGGCCAGGCUGGCUUGCUAGGCGCUUUGCUCCUCUUGGUCAUCAGUUAUGCGAUUGAUACACUCACUGUACUGAGUCUCAAUGCCAUCUCUACCAAUGGCCAAGUGCGAGGCGGCGGUGCGUACUAUUUAAUUUCCCGCUCGCUGGGCCCCGAGUUUGGCGGAUCGAUUGGUUUGAUUUUCUUCUUUGGCCAGGCGUUCAAUGCGGCCAUGAACAUCUUGGGUUUUGUCGAGAGUUUUGUGGGCGUGUUUGGUGAGUCGGCUGCGUCGGGUCUCUUUCCAGAAGGGUCCUGGUUCCUCUACUUGUAUGGCACCGUGGUCCUAUGGCUUUGCACCUUGGUGUGCUUGUUUGGGUCCUCGCUAUUUACGCGGGCAACAUUGCUGCUCGCUGUUAUUCUGAGCUUUGCAGUGAUUAGCAUUCCGCUCUCCUCGUUCUUGGUUGAGCCGAUGGAAGAUGCAGCGCGCGACGUGUACUAUACCGGCUGGAGCUGGAUGACACUUUCCGAGAAUCUCUGGCCGCAUUUCACAUCAGGUGCAGCGGGCUCCUCUACGGCGCCCAAGCGUGAAAACUGGUGGACCGUCUUUGGCGUGCUCUUCCCAGCGGUUUGUGGUAUUCUUGCCGGUGCGUCCAUGUCUGGCGAUCUGCGCAAGCCUAGCAAGAGUAUUCCCAAAGGCACCAACUGGUCGCUGAUCUUUACUUUUGGCUUGUAUGUCGUGACAUUUGUGAUCAUGGCUUGCACCGUUUCACGCGAGUCCUUCUACCUGAAUGUAAGCAUUCUCGGCGACGUCUCCUACUGGCCGAUUGUCAUCGUUCUGGGCGAGUUGGCCUCCUGUGGCUUUUCUGCCUUGAUGGGUGUGAUGGCCUGUGCCAAGGUGUUGCAAGCCAUUGCGCGCGAUGACCUGCUGCCUUUCCUAGCUCCCUUUGCCCAAGGCACCUUGCAUGGCGACAUCCCGACGUAUGCCGUGCUCUUUACAGCGGUGCUGUGCCAAGCGGUAUUGCUUAUGGACUCGAUUAACUUGAUUGCUCAGUUCGUGACGAUGACCACGCUGCUCACCUUCGGCGUACUUUCGGCAGCGACUAUGGCACUCAAAGCGGGUGGCGCACCGUCGUUCCGUCCUUCGUUCCGGUACUGGAAUAUCUGGACAGCUGGCGCUGGGACUGUCAUGUCGUUGGGAGCCAUGAUCCUGACCGAUGCAUAUACGGCAGCAUUCUGUAUCGCGAUUACAGUGAUCCUCUUUAUUAUGAUCCAAGUGUUCUCACCGCCGAAACCAUGGGGCGAUGUAUCGCACAAUGUAACCUACCACUUUGUCCGCAAAUACCUGCUACGAUUGGAUGAGCGCAAAGGUCAUGUCAAGUACUGGCGACCGCAAAUCUUGCUCUUGGCCAACAAUCCCCGCACCGAGUGGAACUUGAUCAUCUUCUGCAACUCACUGAAGAAGGGAGCCCUGUACAUCCUUGGGCACGUCCUCAAAGGUGAGUUUCAGGAGUGCUUGCCGGAGCUGCGGCAAUGCCACCUGGCCUGGCUCAAGUUGGUCGAUGUGAGUCGCAUCAAAGGCUUUGUGGAUGUGGUCAUUGCGCGGGAUGAGCGUGAAGGUGCCCGCAACCUGUUUCUCUCAUGCGGUCUCGGCGGUAUGAAGCCGAAUAUUGUGGUGCUAGGUUUCCCCUCUGUACUGCAACGCCCGAGUGAACUUCGACGUGGACCCAUUUCGCGUGCCACACAGGCUGGGACCUCGAAACUCUCCACCGAAGCGGCGCCUGUGGCUUCACCGAUCCGAUGUGCGACGUAUGUGGGCAUUCUGGAAGAUGCUUUGGCGCUAAACAAGGCCUUGGCUGUGGCUUAUGGCUUUGAUGCUAUGGAUCUUCCAGGUCCUUCGAAAGUUGCGCAGUACGAACGCACCGACAGUGACCAGUACAUUGAUCUAUGGCCCAUCCAAAUUGCUCAUAAUACGCAGACGGACACGCCCACGUGGGAUACCUAUACCAUGGUACUGCAGCUCGGUACCAUUUUGAGUCUCACAGGGACAUGGAAGCGUCACAAGCUUCGUGUGAGUGUAUUUGUGGAACACCCGAACGAAAUUGAUGCAGAGCGGACGCGUGUGCGAACACUAUUGGACAAUUUGCGCAUCCCAGCCUCGUUGCGUGUGUUUUGUUUGUCGGCAGGCCAUGUGCCACGGUACGAUGCCAUCGUGCAAGGCAAGCGUGCGCUGGACGAUGAAAGUAGUCGCACGCUGAAGAACGACUCAUGGUGGCAGCACGUAUGCGAUAUGCGGCAAGCACAAGAGCAGUCCAAACUGGGUCGCUCCGAGCCUAUCAACGCAUCUUCUUCGUCUGCAUCACGACGAGCUAGCACGGACUCUCUAUCUAGUCAGUCCGCGCGACGCAAGAACACGCGUCAGUUUGGUGUAAGCUUGCCAGAAGAGCAUUUGGCGUUCCACUACAACAAUAUUCGUCUGGGUCUCGCCCACCCACGCUCGCAUGAUCUGAGCGAUAGUGACAGCGAAAUGGACGACAUGGACGACGAUGUGAGUCUCCGUGAUGAUCUGGAGGCUGAGUUGGCAUCGCUGGCGGUCGACUGGGACCCCAAGUACUUGAUCAAUCCGAAGCGCGCACAGCGUCGCGAGCGUGAGCGUCUUCAAGGCGAUAGCUCUGUUUCUACCUCGUAUGGUACGUUGUCGUCAUCGCAACGGACUGUCACGCCUGCGACUGUGCAAACGGACAGUCGACGUCGUGGCCGCAAGUCUACAACUUCGCCUCUCAUUUCCAGUGCGUCGACAUCCCCAUUGCGAUCCCCUACAGAGCCACCAACCCCUCGUCGUGUACGUACGCUGCCACCGCCAGCGAUCGAUCCUAUCGCUUUGGAUCAUUUCGCGUUAUCCUUCAACGACCUGCCGAAUUUGGCACAGUACUUGAUUCUUAAUGAGCUCAUUCGAAAUCACUCGUCUCGCAGUACUUCUGUGGUCCUCACAGCGCUGCCGGCGCCGGUGCCAGGUACCUCCUCCAACGAAGGAGACAGUCAAGCGUACUUGCUGCAGCUUCGAACGCUGUAUGGCGGUGGCCCCCCGAUUCUCGGUGUGCAUGCCACGACGCUGACGAUGACCAUGAUGCUGUAG